AUGUGGCGGGACCGCACAAACUUGUACAUCUCCUACCGACAAUCAUUCGCUCAUCACCCAGCCAAAAAACCUCGCAACACCUUCCCCGAUCCCUCUACUGAACCAGAAGAAAGCCGCCGCCUAAUAUCCUCCACCGAAGACUAUGGCGACGCAAUCAUCGAAAUGGACAUCCUGCCUCCGCGCUGGGUCGACAUCCAGGACGAGGUAACCGAGCAACUAGCCGAUAUCGCACAGCAGUCAUCACAGCUGGACAAGUUACAUCAUAAACACUUGCUUCCGAGUUUUGGGGAUGAGGGUGUGCGGAGACAGGAGGAGGGCGCGAUUGAGCGGUUAACGCAGGAUAUCACGCGCGGUUUCCAUGAGUGUCAGAAGGCAGUUCAGAGGAUUGAGAUUAUGGUGCAGGAGGCCAAGAUGGAGGGGAGGGUUAGUGCGGGGGAUGAGACUAUGGCGAAGAAUAUUCAGAUUUCGCUGGCGGCUAGGGUGCAGGAUGCUAGUGCAAGGUUCAGGAAGAAGCAGAGUACUUAUCUGAAGAAAUUACGAGGUCUAGAAGGCGUAUCGUCUCCCUUCGACCGCACCCCAACACCUACGCAAAUGCAGAACCCAUACACAGACCCCUCCCUAAUGGAAUCCGACGCCGACAAGUCCUUCUCCCAAACGACCCUCAUGCAAACUCAACAACGACAACGGCGUACCGGUCAAAAUGACGCGGCGAUCGAGCAACGAGAACGCGAAAUCAAUGAUAUCGCAAAAGGCAUCAUCGAGCUAUCAGACAUCUUCCGCGAAUUGCAGACUAUGAUCAUCGACCAGGGUACCAUGCUCGAUCGGAUAGACUAUAAUGUGGAACGGAUGGGGACUGAGGUUAAGGCGGCGGAUAAGGAACUCAACGUGGCUACAAAUUACCAGCGACGCACGACGAAACGGAAAAUCCUCCUCCUUCUCAUUAUCAUCGUCGCGGGAUUGAUUAUCGUCCUGCUAGUCAAACCGAAAAACAAUAACUUCUCUGCACCUGCACCUCCCACGCCACCAUCCUCGAACAACAUGCGUCGAGCAGGCGAGAUGAUUUAUCGUCGCAGACGAUGGUAUCCGAACUUGACACGAAUGACAAGGGAUAGAAUAUGGAUCGAUCCAGAUAGACCUCGAUAG